AUUUUUCUUCAGUGGAAAUUACCGAUCGCUGAUCAAGUUUUGUUAUUAAAACCUGAACUUUUGGAGACCUUUCACAGUGAGUUAUUUAGUGUCACAGAAACGUUUUCCGCAAAAUAAAAGGUUGUCAUUGUUGUUUUUAGGCAGAUUUUAUGAGAUGUUGACCACGUCAAGUACAAGGAAAGCUCUUUUAGUUGGCUGUAUGUUGGUAUCAAUGCAAGAUCUGUCUGGGAUUAAUUUGAUUCUAUCCUACUGUGCAACUAUUUUACAGAUGUCAGGUGUACAGGGAGACCAAGCAGCCUUCUGGCUUGCUGUGGUGAUAUAUUUUGGUAAUUUCACGUUUCCCUUUGUUGGAUUGUAUCUGGUAGAGAAAGUAGGACGCCGUAAGCUACUAUUAGGAAGUCUUGCCGGGGUCACUGUUUGCUUGUUUCUCUGUGGUGGCGCAUUUUACAUGGCGAAGCAACACGAUGCCGCGAUAACCUUUAACGAGAGAGCGAUUUCUAAUAUCAGCAACAAUUGUCCUGCUACUGGAUAUUGCUUAGAUUGCCUCGGAGUCCAAGAAAACUGUGGAUUUUGGUAUGGUAAAGACUCCUCCAAUAAUCCUAUAUAUGGUUCUUGUGUUCCAAUCAAUGUAUCUUCUAGCGACAACACGGCCGCUUUUGGUAGAUGCAGUCGAAAAGAUCAUUCCGUAACAUGGUCGUACCAAGCUUGUCCUUACAAGUAUGCGUGGUUAGCAACUUUAGCUCUCGUGUUAUACAUCAUCGCGGUCGGUCUGGGGAUGGGGCCGCUGCCAUGGACGAUAAAUUCUGAGAUCUACCCCCUGUGGGCCCGUAGCACGGGGUAUGGGUUUGCUACAGCUGUAAAAUGGUCUACUAAUUUGGUAUUAUCCACGACUUUCCUGUCUCUAACUGAAUGGAUUACAAGUUUCGGAGCGUUUUGGCUGUACGGGGGAAUUUCGCUUCUGGGUUGGUUGUUUUUCUUUGCUUAUCUUCCUGAGACGAAAAAUAAAUCGCAAGAGGAAUUGGAACAUUUAUUUUCAUAGCAUGUGAAAACAUUUUGUAUUCUGUCUAGUUAGUCACUUAUGGAACAAUGAAAUGGAUGAUGGAAAAAAAUCCUUGAAACUUCUCAGAGAAUAUCGUGAGAGUGUGGAAACUACAUUAUUAGUGCCAGACCCCUUACAGACCUCUCGCCGGCUCGCGUUGCUCAAGGGCUUGUGCCGAAGCACUAAUAAUGAGGAAUGCUCGCAACUCAGUUCCCCGCUUCUGAUAACUAGACAUUUGCCAGUCGUUUCAAAGUCUAGAAUACACUGAGGGGAAUUCUCAUUGGCAACCCUAUUACUGACAUUGUUAAUAAGUGGAUCAACUUGUGUCGGCCUCAGCCACAGGCAGCCCAAGCUCCAGGUGUGAAAUGAUCAUCUUGCGAAAUAAGAGUCAUGACGAAAAUGUAAGAGUUUGUAUGGGAAUAUUAACGACCGCUUUUGGGAAGUAAAAAUACAGUCAAGUUCUCAAUAACUACCUCACCUUACUUUCCUAGUGCAUUGUUUUUUUGUGACUGCUUACUUUAUUGCAACGAGGUCAUUUCAGCGAGUUAUCCAUUUCUAGGUUUACUACU